AUGGCUACCCCUAGUGUCCACGCUUUUGACGCUGAGGGUCGGGCCAUUGACUUUGAUGUCUGGAUAGAUGACCUGCAGCUUUUCUUACAGUGCGACAGGGCAGACGGCCUCUCCCUCUUUGACCUCACUUCUGGUGCCUCUCCUGCCCCCGCUGCUGAUGCUGACGCCACUGUUCGCUCACAGUGGGCCACGCGCGAUGCUGCUGCACGUCUUGCUGUGCGUCGCCACCUGCCUACCUCUGAGCGUGCGCACUUUAGCCAGUACAAGAGUGCUCAGACCUUGUACGACGGUGUAGUUGCGCGCUACUCCUCCCCUGCCACUGCUGCACUGAGCCGCCUCAUGCUACCGUACCUCUUCCCUGACCUUGCUGCCUUUCCCACAGUCGCUGACCUCAUUACGCACCUCCGCACUAGUGACACUCGCUACCGCGCUGCGCUUCCUGCUGAGUUCUGCGCCAAGAACCCCCCCCCCAUGUACAUCACCCUCUACUACAUAGUCACCCGGCUCCCUGACUCCCUUCGCGUAGUCAGGGACCACUUCCUCUCAGUUUGCCCCACCACUCUCACCGUUGACCUCCUCGAGAAGUCCCUCCUAGCAGCAGAGAAGAGCAUAGUCGCUGUAGGAGCCUCUCGUGGUGACCCUCGCACCCCCAUCUUUGAGGGGUGUUCCCCCUCCCCCCUUUUGCCCUCUGUUGCCUCUGCUGCUGCGGCCGACCUCGUUGGGCUUGAGUCGGUCGGUGCGGCGUCUACCCCUAGCGGGAGACGUCGCCCUGGCAAGGGCAAGGGGGGCAGGGGCACUGGAGGAGCUAGCGGGGGCGGUGGAGGCGGAGGUGGAGGCGGUGGAGGGGGUGGGGGUGGCGGUGGGGGUGGUGGCGGGGGUGGAGGUGUCGGUGGCGGCAGUGGAGGCGGAGGCGGAGGCGGCGGUGGCGGUGGGAGCGGAGGUGGUGGCGGUGGAGGAGGAGGCGGCGGAGGAGGUGGAGCUGGUCGGGGUGGAGCUGCGCAGAGGGUCGGCUCCGGUGGUGGUCAGCGCCAGCAGCAGCAGCAGCAGCGCACUCGUGACAUCCCCUCCCCUCAGCAGCUCCGUGAGUGGUACACUGCACGCAAGAGGGGUGGGGGUACUGGUCCGUGCACCUACGUCCUCCGCACCGGCGACCGCGCGGGUGAGCAGUGCGGGGGUGCGCACUCCACCCAGCGCUGCUUUGGCCGCCUGACGGACGCUUGGCGUCACCAGUUCCCUGAGGCCACUGAGAUUCCCCGCUGGGGUGAGCUGUCUAGGGGGGGUGUAGCUGUCUUUGACCUUGACUUUGAUGCUAUUCUUGCUGCCAUGUAUACUGUGACUAUUAGUGAUGAGGGUGACUGUUACCGGUGUUUUCCGCCCGACCCGGGCAUUGAGACUGCUGCUCUAGGUACUGGUGAGGCUGCUGCUCUAGGUGCUAGCGAGGCUGCUGCUCUAGGUGCGUCUGCUCCCUCAGGUGUUGGUGAGUCUGCUCUCUCAGGUUCUGCGUCGGCUUCGGCCUCCCACACCUUCACCCUUGACUCGGGGGCUUCUCGCUCCUUCUUUCGAGACCGCACCACACUCACGCCGCUUGGCCGGCCAGUUGCAGUCUCUCUGGCAGACCCCUCUGGGGGUCCUGUCCUUGCUCACUUCUCCACUGUCCUCCCGUGUCCGGCGGCCCCCUCUGGCACCCUGUCUGGUCUUUACCUCCCCUCGUUCUCUACGAACUUGGUGAGUGGUGCUGACCUACAGGAUGCGGGGGUUCACCAGUUCACUCCUGCGAAUCAGCGGGUGACCCACUGCACGGACGCUCGGACAGGCCGACACCUGGCCACGUUUACACGUCGGCCGGGGUCGAGCCUGUACACACUGACCACUGCGUCUCCUCCGGUCACUGCGUCUGGUCAGGUAGCUGCGUCAGGUCAGGUGUUUGCUGCAGCGUCCAGGUCUGGUCCUGAGUCUGCCCCCUGUUCGUGUCGCCUCCUGUCUCACGAGACUCUCCUCUGGCACCACCGCCUUGGUCACCCCUCCCUGCUUCGUCUCCGGAGCAUGGCCUCCCGUGUCCUUGUCUCAGGUCUUCCCCGGUCCCUCCCUCCCCUUCCUCCGGGGCCUGGCCCUACCUGCGUCCCCUGUGUCGAGGGGCGGCAGCGGGCUGCCCCUCACUCCUCCCAGUUUCCUCCGACAGAGGCCCCGCUGCAGACGCUUCACAUGGACGUGUGGGGCCCGGCCCGCGUCCGUGGACAGGGUCACGAGCGCUACUUCCUGCUGGUGGUUGACGACUACUCGCGUUACACCACAGUCUUCCCCUUGCGCAGCAAGGGUGAUGUCACUGAGGUGUUGAUCGACUGGAUCCGCGCAGCUCGUCUCCAGCUCAGGCAGAGCUUCGGCUCGGACUUUCCUGUUCUGCGUCUGCACUCUGACAGAGGUGGAGAGUUCUCCUCUGGCCUUCUGCGAGCCUACUGUCGUGCACGAGGCAUCCGCCAGACCUUCACGCUUCCGGACUCUCCACAGCAAAAUGGGAUUGCUGAGCGCCGCAUUGGCAUGGUCAUGGACGUCGCCCGUACGUCCAUGAUGCAUGCGGCUGCCCCCCAUUUUCUGUGGCCGUUUGCUGUUCGGUACGCGGCGCAUCAGAUCAACCUUCACCCCAGGGUCUCCAUGCCGGAGACCUCCCCAGCCUUGCUGUGGACGGGGAAGGUUGGCGAUGCGUCUGCGUUCCGUGUCUGGGGAUCUCGGGCGUUUGUCCGCGACUUGUCUGCGGACAAGCUGUCCCCUCGUGCUGCUCCCUGCGUCUUCCUUGGCUUCCCCCCUGACGCGCCAGGGUGGCAGUUCUACCACCCCACCUCUCGCCGUGUUUUGUCCUCCCAGGACGUCACGUUUGACGAGUCGGUCCCCUACUACCGCCUCUUCCCCUACCGCACUCCGUCCCUCCCCCCGCCACCGCUCUUCCUUGUACCAGGUCCCCCCCCGGUAGACCCCCUCCCCCCUCAGGGUCCUGCCCCUUCAGGUGUGUCCCAGGUAGACGCAGUCGAGCCUGUCGAGGUUACUGGUGACUCUGGUGCUGCUGAGGGUGCUGAGCCUGGGGGUGCUGACUCUGGGGGUGCUGAGCGUGUGGGUGCUACGCCUGGGGGUGCUGAGCCGGAGGGUGCUACUACUGGGGGUCCUGAGCCUGGGGCCUGA